UUCCGAAGGGGAGGGGGGGAGCUUACAGGUAAUCGCCCAAAGCCAAUAAUUCUCCUCCCACGUGCCCACCUGUGCGCCGUAACCAUAUUUCUUGUUGCUUUAGUUAUCCCGAACGUCAGCCUAUCAGAGGAAACCAACACAGCUGCGCCAAACACCUCGGCUUCCGUGACGUAUGAUGACGUGGCUGAUGACGUCACGCCUGAUGAUGUCCGAAUAGCUGCACGGAUUCACGAAAAUGAACAACUUUGGUGGAAUAUUGUGAAUAACACGGCCUAUGGAGAUGAAAGAAAACUUGAUGAUGGGGAUGAAGACGAAGAUGAGGAUGAAAUACCCAAGCCAAAGGCGAAGCUUCUGAAACUGAAGGCGAAAGUGAAACGGGGCAAAGGUUCAAAUGCAAAACCUAAAAAUGUGGACAAAAAAUGUGAUUGUGGGACGUUUUCCUAUACUUCAAAUAGAAUUAUUAAUGGAAAAGAAGCUACGAUAAACGAAUUUCCUUUCCAGGUCUCGAUCCAGACAAAGCCUUCUGGGUCCCAUUUUUGUGGAGGCUCAAUCAUCAGCAAUAAUUACGUCCUCACAGCUGCUCACUGCACGGACGGAUUAAAAGCCAGUGAUAUCCAAGUGUCAAUUGGCGAUCACGACCUGAGAGUGAAGGAGAAAACGGAGAAAGUGAUCGACGUUAAGACCAUAAAGCAACAUGGAAACUACGCCUCAAUAAACAUGAACAACGACAUAUCUCUCCUGAAGCUCUCCGAAACGCUGACUUUCUCGGAAGCGGUCAGGCCAGUGUGCUUGACCCCGAAUGACCUGGUAUUCUUCAACGAAAAGGUCACCAUCAUAGGCUGGGGCAAAAAGCACGAGAAAGACAACUAUGGGACCUCCAUCUUGAACAAAGCCGAGGUCAGAGUGAUCCCGAUGAAAAGCUGCCGCAAUGACUACAAAUUUUCGCCUCAAAUGAUAACAUCGAGAAUGUUCUGCGCCGCGGGGAAAAUCACUGAUGGUUGCCAGGGUGACUCCGGGGGCCCAUUAGUGUGGCAAGACGGAGAGACCAACUCGUACGUGCAAAUUGGCGUGACCAGCUGGGGCAUCGGCUGCGGGAGACAGGACUAUCCAGGUGUCUACGUGAAACUAAUUAAAUUUCUUCAGUGGAUCUACGACCAUACGAAGGAUUCCGUUUUCUGUUCGUCCUUUUCGCCUACCCCGGACGUUGAAAUUUCUUCGAAAGGGAAGAAGAAGAAAAAGGAUAAGAAAGAGGGAAAAACGAACAGGAAGAGUGGAAAUCCUUUUGGAAAGAGGAGAAGGAGGAAGAAGUGGAAUAAUUGGUGGGGGAGGAGAAAAGAGAAUGGGGGUGAAGGAAGGGUAAACAAGAGGAGAAGGAAAAAUGGACAGGAAGAUAGUAGAGAAGAAGAGAACGAAAAAGGGAACAGAAGGAGGGGAGGAAAAGAAGCGAAAGGAAGAAGAGGAAAACUGAGAAGGAGACAGAAAAACGGAAACAAGAUUCAGGAUGAUAACGAAAACGAUUCCAAAGAAAAUGGAGAAAAUAGUAGGGGAAACUUCCAUAGAAACCGAGGACCUACUCUAGAAAGUAAAAAAAGAAAUAAACGAAAAAGCAGAAAUGGAAGAACAAUACACAGUAAAGAACCAAAUAACUUUAACGGAAGGAUAAGAUCAGGUUCAUUCAAGAACAGUUUGCAGAAUGGAAAAUUAUUCGUAGGAUGAAAUCAGUGACAUUACUUAUUACUUAUUUCAUUCUUCAGAUUUACCAUCAUUAAUCAAACUAUAUUCGUAUAUGAAUGAAUAAAAUCAUCAGAAAAGAUA